AGGAAGUCACGAGAUUGUACACACAAGAACUAGCUAUCAAAGAUUCGUGUCAGCCAAAGGAAGCAAGUUCAUACUUUCCGUUCUUCUAAAAUUUUCAACAGUAACUUAGCUUCAUUCUAGCAUCAAAAUGGCUAGUCAAACCCAAGGUAUCCAACAACUAUUAGCUGCCGAAAAAAAAGCUGCAGAUAAAGUUGCUGAAGCCAGGAAAAGGAAAGCACGCAGACUCAAGCAAGCCAAAGAAGAAGCUCAAUCAGAAAUUGAAGCCUAUCGCCUUGAAAGAGAAAAGCAGUUCAAGGAAUUUGAAUCAAAGCAUUUGGGAUCUCGAGAUGAUGUGGCAGCCAAGAUUGACAAGGACAUGAAGAUGAAACUAGAUGUCAUUAACCGUUGCAUGGCUUCCAACAAAGAGCUUGUAAUCCAGCAGAUUAUGAGCUAUGUCUAUGAGAUUAAGCCAGCUAUCCAUAAGAAUAUCCGUGUAGAUUAAAUGUGCAUUCCAAAUGGCCAGAAGGGGAACUCGAUCAUAGUUAGCUCUGCAGACCAUCAGAACACUUUUAGCAUGUUUGUUUGGUGAAUGUUAUGUUUACUUUAAAAAGAAAUUUGUUUACUUGUAUGUUCAAUCUUCAAAUAUUGAUAAAUAAACGUAGUAACCACAAAAACGAAAAAA